AUUUUAAUGGACAAAAAAACGUGCUUUCAUUUCAAAAACAAGGACAUUUCUAAAGUGACCCCAAACUUUUGAACUGUAGUGUGUAUUAUAUGGUAUGGACACACAAAAUGUUGGAUGUUAGAAGUUAUCCAAAUAUGAUUGUGUUACUGACAAUAAAUUACUUGUGUUAUCAUUGUCACAUGUAUGGUCAACAGUCAGCUGCACACAGUUUAUUCCACAAAGGUGUGAUCGUGUGUGUGCGUGUGCGUGUAAUUUGCAUUGUGGAUCAAUCAUAGUUCAUACUGUAGUUUUUGCCAAGCAAAACAUUGACAUAGAAUAUACUUUACUGUUGGACUGUAGCCAGCGGAAUGUGUCAUGCCUUGUCCCCCAUGACGUUCCGGGGAGCCUUUUCUUCCAUCUCUCCACAUGGGCCGCACACAUGACACAAAUCCCGCCCUAACGGGGGCUUUGCCGUUUCGAUUGGACCACAAGCUUUCAAUCGCGGACUUCUUAAACGCUCUCGAUGGUUGUCCACAUUUCUGUCAACAGUCACGACUGCGCGACUAUUGGGACGGACUUGUAAACUCGCAGGGCUGCUGCUGCCAGACAGUCAUUCCGGAUGUCCAAGUACAAAGUCUUUGUGAUGAGGCAUGGAGAAGGAGCCUGGACUAAAGAGAACCGCUUCUGCAGCUGGGUGGACCAGAGGCUGAGUGAGGACGGGGUGAAGGAGGCCUUGGCGUGUGGUCACCUCCUGAAGGAAGCAGGCUACCACCUGGAUGUAGUAUUUACCUCCCUGCUCAGCCGAUCCAUCCACACAGCCUGGCUGUUGUUGGAAGCCAUGGAGCAGGAGUGGGUCCCCGUGGUCAGGACGUGGAGACUCAACGAGCGCCAUUACGGUGCCCUGAUCGGGCUGAAUAGAGCUGAGAUGGCCCUAAACCAUGGUGAGGAGCAGGUGAAACAGUGGAGGAGGAGCUAUGACCUCACGCUGCCCCCCAUCGACGAAUCACACCCUUACUUCCUGGAGAUCUACAAUGACCGCCGGUAUUCUACCUGUGACGUGUCUAAAGAGGAUCUUCCGAAGUCGGAGAGCCUGAAGGAUGUCUUGGAGAGGCUCCAGCCAUACUGGGACGGCACUAUUGUGCCGGAGAUCAAACGGGGGAAAUUGGUGCUCAUCUCUGGGCAUGGGAAUAGCUGCAGGGCCCUGUUGAAACACCUGGAAGGUAUAUCAGAUGCUGACAUCGUCAAUGUGACGUUACCCACUGGGACACCCAUUCUGAUUGAGCUGGAUGAGAACUUCCGACCCACCAAACCCAUGCAGCUCCUGGGAGACCAGGAAGCCAUCCAGGCAGCCAUCAGGAAGGUGGAGGACCAGGGUAAGGUCAAACAAACGACCUGAACAUAGUCAACAGGAUUCUAGUCAUUCUGGAUUGUAGAAUAUAGUCAACUGGAUUCUAGUCAUUUUAGAUGAUCAAUUCUCUAAACUAGCCAAAUUGACUGGAAUCUGUUUGUCUAGAUUAGAUAAUCUAAAAUGACUAGAAUCUAGAAUGACUAGACCCUUUCUGGAUUGUAGAAUUUAGUCAACUGGAUUCUAGUCAUUCAGAAUUGUAGUCAACUGACUAUGCAUAAUUGUGGUAUGGACUGGACCCUAUUUGGCAUAACGUGGAAACGAAACAAGAGUUUGUCUUCCUGGUAAGUGCUGUGCUUACUAGAUUUAACUUCUAAUGUUUGCCAAGAUAUAACCCUCUCAAAGUCAUCGAUCACUUUUACCAGAUAUAUAUAUACACUUGUUAUCAUUAACAAGAUAAUAGGCUGACCCUUGUAUUGAGGUUCUUUGGAAUUGAGGAAAUACUAAGAUGUCUCCAACAAAACAAUUUGAAAGAUCUGUCGCACGUGCCUUCAUUGCCAAUCUUUUCUGUAGGACUUUUGCAAUGCCAAUGUAUGUAGUUUUUACAGGUGAAUUAUGACUGACAGAAUCAAGCGGGUGAUGAGCCAGCACUAAAAAGUACAGGUUAAUUUAUUUAUCAAAACUCUUUAAAAGCACCUUUAUAACAAGUAUUACCUCAGUGAGACCGACAGCCUGGCUAUUCUUACAUUUACAUUUAAGUCAUUUAGCAGACGCUCUUAUCCAGAGCGACUUAUUCUUUCCAAGACAGAGCGGUGAUUGUGUGAAGAUUUUUUUAGUAUAGAAUUGCUGUAAAUGUUGUUGAAACCAAUGGGUCAAACUUGAUAAGAGCGUGUCUUCCAGUGGAGGCUGCUGAGGGGAGGACGGCUCAUAAUAAUGGCUGGAUUGGAGCGAAUGGGAUGGCAUCAAAAACACAAACGAUGUGUCUGGUGUAUUUUAUACCACUCCGCUCCAGCCAUUACCACGAACCCGUUCUCCCCAAUUAAGGUGCCACCAACUUCCAGUGAUGUCUUCUUAUAGGCUACAUGCUAGUUUGAGAGACUUUCAUAUGAAAUAACUGUAGUGCUUAUUCAUAAAAUACCUAAAUUGACAUGCUGUAAUAAAGUCAGAUUAAUGAUUUGUUGUAUCAUUUAUUUCAAUUUUUACAGUUCAAAGGAAAAUAUCCCCAUAACUUUUCUUCUCUACCCAACUUAUCAAUGUAAUGUUUUGUGACUUAUUUCAUUUAGUGAUGACAAACAUUUGAGUCAAGUGGUAACUUAAGAGUAUACUUAACAUACAGUGAGGGGGAUAAAAGUAUUUGAUCCCCUGCUGAUUUUGAAUGUUUGCCCACUGACAAAGAAAUGAUCAGUCUAUA